UCCAACAUGGCGUCCGGAAGGCGACCCGAACAUCAAGCACCACCAGAAGUGUUUUACAAUGACGAUGAAGCCCGCAAAUACACAUCAAACACAAGAAUGAUUGAGAUUCAAGUCCAACUUUCUCAGAGGGCAAUAGAGCUGUUAGAUUUGCCAGAGGAUCAACCUAGUUUUCUUCUGGACAUAGGCUGUGGAUCUGGUUUAAGUGGUGAAGUGUUGACAGAGCUGGGUCAUCAGUGGGUUGGCUUAGAUAUCAGUCCAGCAAUGCUUGAUGUAGCAGUUGAAAGAGAAGUAGAAGGAGAUCUGUUUCUUCAUGACAUAGGACAGGGUCUUUGUUUCAAACCUGGAACAUUUGAUGGAUGCAUAAGCAUAUCUGCUCUUCAGUGGCUUUGUAAUGCUGACAAAAAGGGACACAAUCCUGCUAAAAGGCUCUACAAAUUUUUCAGUUCACUUUACAGUUCAAUGAGUCGGGGAAGUAGAGCAGUUUUCCAGUUCUAUCCAGAAAACCCUCAACAGGUUGAGUUGAUUACAACACAGGCCAUGAAAGCAGGAUUUACAGGAGGUUUAGUGGUUGACUAUCCUAACAGUACUAGAGCUAAGAAAAUAUUCCUGUGUCUUUUUGCUGGUGUAGUUGUGGACAAACUUCCAAAGGGCCUUGGCACUGAGGAUUCCAAAUCUGUUGAGGAGAGUGUUCAAUUUAGUGGGAAAAGAGAGAGAACAAAAGUACCACGAGGAAAAUCAAUAAAAAAGAGCAAGGACUGGGUAAAAGAAAAGAAGGACAGGAGAAGACGACAGGGAAAGUAAGGAGAUUUGCAAAAUCAAU